UAGCGGAGUAGGAGUUGUUUGGAUAGUUUUUUUUUCAAUUGAAGUAGCACGUCGAUCGUAGAUUGUCAAAAAGUUUUUAGUUUAAACUUUACUUUUUCUAAAUAUUCUUACUAGUGGUCACACAUCUCAAUUAUGAGUGAACCCACCUUAGAUACUUCAACCGCAGAUCCGCCGCUUUCAUCAGUUGUCCGAGAUACGCUCGAACGAAGUGGUGAAUUGAAUAAAAUUCGGGCUAUGAUUCAAGCCAAGGUCUUAGAGAUUGUCAGAGGUUGCGAAAACACUCCUAUCACCAAACCACCGGAUAACGACAAAGGAUCGCCAAGAGAUAUUUUGAAUAAAUUAAUUUUGGAGUAUUUCCAUUGGUCAGGAUUUAUCUAUUCGGCAGAUAUGCUUGCUAGUGAAAGUGGGACAGAUCAUCAACCACCAUCCAGAUUGAAUUUGGAGAACUUUGUAGGCGAUCAUGAAAAGGACUCACCGAUUUUAUUGACUCUGGUGGAUGGAAUAAUGAAGAAUACUAGUGAUAGUCAAUAAGUUUACUGUGAUGUUCUCCUCUUUUAUUGUGAUGUAGCAAAUGCUGGAUAAAUUUCUUUCAACA